GAGAAAAGGAAGAGAAAUAAGUGUAUGACUCUCUCUCUUCCUUUGUUUGGUUGGAUAAAAAAUGGAAGAGAGAAAUAAAGGGAAUUUUGAACUCUUAUCCUCUGCAUUCUGCAAGACUGCAACACAAAGAAACUCUCAUUAUUCCAAACAAACCAUGUCGUUUAUAUGCCCACCGAAUGUUGUUUUAGGGUUCAUCAAAACAAACCCUAAAUUCGACCCUCUUUCUCAAAAACACUCUUCGUUCCCAAUUUCACUCAGAUUCAAAUGCUGCACCGCAACAACAGCAUCAGAAUCAGACAGGUACCCAUUCCCUGUAUCAUACCUCAUCAACAACUUCGAUUUCUCACCUAAAUCAGCUCUCAUAUAUUUCAAAAACAACCAUCUUCGUUUCGAUACCGUUGAAAAACCUAAUUCAGUUAUCAACUUCUUUAUAAACAAUGGAUUUUCACAUUCCGACAUAUGCAUCAUCAUCAGAAAAGCACCAUGGUUACUUUCAGAAGAACCCCAUGAAAGCUUAUUGCCAAAGUUUCAAUUUUUUCUAUCCAAAGGCGUUACUUCUUCUGAUAUUGUGUCAUUGUUGACAGCAAACCCUAGAAGUUUAAAAGUUAGCUUGGAGAAACGAAUAAUCCCUCUUUUUGAAUUAUUUAGUAAGUUUAUGAAAACCAACAAGGAUGUGGUUUGCUUAAUUAGACAUUUGUAUUCAUUUGACCGUGCUCCACAUGACCUUAUUGUGGCUAAUAUCAAUUUGAUGACUGAUUUUGGAGUUUGCAAUUCUGCCAUUGCAAGAUUGGUUCAAUCAAGGCCAUAUAUAUUUGGUUCAACUGAUUUGAUUAAGUCAUUGGAGGAAGUUAAGGGUUUAGGGUUUGAUCCUUCAAGGACUACUUUUGCAGCUGCUUUGAUAGCCAAGAAAUGUAUGAGUAAAAAACAUUGGGAUGAGAAAGUUGAUACCUUUAAGAAAUGGGGUUGGUCUGAUAAAGAUAUUGUUAAAACAUUUAGGUCUCAUCCUGAUCUGUUGUCUACUUCCAUUGAUAAGAUUAAUUUGGUGAUGAGUUUUUGGGUUAAUCAAUUGGGUUGGAAUUCCUUGGUACUUACUAAAUGUCCAAAUAUGUUUACUUAUAGUUUACAUAAAAGGAUCAUUCCAAGGGCCUCAGUUCUGCAAUUUCUUCUGAUGAAAGGUUUGCUAGAAAAGAAAGCAAGCUUAGUUAACCCAUUUAAGCAUUCUGAGAAUUUGUUUUUGGAAAAGUUUGUUUUUUCCUUUAAGGAGGAGUCUGAUUAUCUAUUAGAGUUAUAUGAGGAAAAAUUGAAACUUGCAAAGACAAAGGAGAAAAAUGGCAUGCCAUCUACCAACAUUGUUCUUUUGUGAUUUAAUGAAACUUGCAAAUAUAUGGAGGUUCACUCAUUUCAUGAUUAAAGCUUUCAGCUGUAGUCUUGUAACUUCCUCGGAGCCAAAAUAGGGCAGCAGGACGGUACUAAUCUGCAAUAUUCAGCCGAAAAGAAUUUCACUUGCUCCAAAACUCUUACCCUGUCUAUUCCAAACAUUCUAAACCACCAAAAUACAGUUGAACCGAACUUAAAUCUACAAUUAACAACAUAAAUUCUAGGGGUUUGUUUAUAUAAUUCACAACUGCUUGUUUUUGUUUUUCUAAUUAAACUUUAAGAGAAAACUAGUCAUUCAACUACAAUUUCACACAUGAAAUUUCUUCUCAAAUUUUCUAUCCUCUAAGGUUUGAACUCUAACCAAAGAUCAAAACCUAAAUAAGAACUCACCUUAGCCAACUUAAAGAUGAGAUGAAAGAAGCUCUCUUGCUCUCUUCUCCUCACCGUACCACACACACACACAUCACCUCAAGUUCAUCCAAAUCCUACUUCAAGUUCACAUGCAAUAACCUUUUUGGAAUCCAUAACUCAUAGGCUUCAAGGUAAGGGUAUUUUCAUGUCAAUCUUCCUUCCAAUCUGUUCUAAUUCGUGCUCUACCCUUUCCAUUAAAAACCCAUUCAUGGCAACCAUAAGACCAAGGAAUAGGAUUGAAAUUCAUGAUUUUAGAAUCUAGGUUUGACUAAUAAGUAUGAAUAAGUAAAUUCUUGGUUAUGUUUAAUAAGCUAUGUUGUUUUGCCCCAAAUGCUUAUUGCCCUGCUAAUUGCAUGUUUAAUGGUUGUUAUUGAGUGUGGUAUGAAUUGGGAAUGAUUUGGCCAUGUUAAUCUCUGAUUUGGAAACCUGAUUUCAAGAAAUACCCAAAUUUUAACAGGGUAAAUCGAUUUACCUCACAUGUAAAUCGAUUUACCUAAGCCUUGUACAAUGAAAAACCUUAUUUGCAAAGCCUAUAUGAUCCCUAAUUGAUAAGACAUCAAUCCAUCAUUUAUUAAACAUGAUUUUAGCUACACAUAACCGUAUGGACUAUGUUCGUACCAUGAAUAACGAAAGAACUUAGAAGGUUAGGAAGUUCCCCGGGUUUGGGAUUUGAAGGUUAGGCAAGAAUUAUGCAUAUGUCAGUCAAUUGAUUUAAUUGUAGUUAUCAUACACCACUAAUUUAAUAAUUAUUGCUUUGAUUGAUUCCAUAUGAUGAAUCCUGCUAUUGACUCCAUUUGAAGGUCUGAUAUAAUUGUGAGUUUGUUUAACCAUCAAUGCUUUUGACAUCAUAUACGGAUUAGUUAGACACCUCUGAGACAGCUCACCUCAGGGUGUUCUGGUAAAAUGAAUCAAGACAAUUCAUGUGUGAUACUGUUUACACUGAUUUUUGGUAAACAAUCGCUAGUUUAAAUUAAUUACUUAAGAGAUCAACUAGUAAAUCUCGGGACAAGUUGUUGUGCAUUGAAUUCAAAGAGUUUUGAAUGUUCAUCAUUGGAUUAAACAUUUAUUAUGGUAAAAGACUUUUUAAUGUACAAAAGGUUUAAAUGCAAACAAUUGUAAAAGGGUUUGAAAGACAAAAAUUGCAAAGAAAACGUAAAUUGCAAGUUUGAAUGUAAAAUGAGCGGAAGUUCACUCGAACGAGAGAACCAGCAAGAAAAUAAGUUUGAAAGUAAAGACUUUGCAGAAAUUAACGUUGCAUUGAAUUGUAAAUGAUUACAAAUAAAAGGAAUGGUUCACAGAUUCAUACAUGUUUCUCUUCGUUUCUUGCUUUAGCAUGGGUACUUUGAGUUUGUGAGAAUUUCUGUAUGCGAAUUGUGACCCAGAUUUUGACUAAAAAACUACUCCCUCCGGUCCUUUUUAUAAGAAACACUUAGGGCAAAAAAUUUGGUCCUUUUUAUAAGAAACUUUGACCAAUUUUCAAAUAUUUUAAAUGUUCAAUUUCACUUAUGCCCUUAUUUAUUAUGAGAGAGAAUUUAAAAAUAAGUAAGUUAGUUGAAUAAAGAGUAAUUAAAUAAGGGUAUACAUGGAAUAAAUUUAAAUUUAUAAGAGUAUUAAAUGAAAAUUACUAUGUUAAAUGUGCUUCAUUGGUCUGUGUAAUUUUUUCAAAGUGUUCCUUAUAAAAAGGACCGGAGGGAGUAGUAUUUAUAGUUACAAAUAGAUAACUGUUGCCUAACGUUCUAAUACUAAUCUUCUGCCCCGUGUCUUCUUUCAUUUGAAAUGAGACGUUACUUGAAACACUGCAACUGUCGAAAUCGAACCGCACUUUGAAGCAAGAAAAUAUUCUAAGUCCACAAUCAUUAAUAUUUUCAUCUAAUAGACUUGAUCGAAAGGCAUAGCUAUAUCACAUAGUAAAGAAACUAAGUUAUUUCUUCAUCUUUUGCCUUUUUGACUUAAAGUAUGAUGUAAAAUUCAUACUUUUGAAUACUUUCCAUUAGAACUCUCUUAUUCUUAAACACAUUACUCUUAACCUUCAUAAUUAAGAGAAUUUAAAUAAAAUCUCUCUUGUUCUUGAAGACAUUUAUGUCUUACUUUAUGAAAGUCAAAGUCAAUGCAUCUUUGAAUGUAGUCAACACUACUUUAAACAAGAGAUUUAAUGCAUAUUUUAGCUCGACUAAAAUAUGGGAUAACAGAUACACCGUUUUAAUGAUUAAUCAAAUAUGCUAAGCUUGAAAAUAUUAUAUUUAUCAAUUGACUGUUAUGAACCCCGGUGUAGUCACCACUCACCACCUUAGUUGGGUAGUUGGUUAUCCACUGAGGCUUAGUAGUCUUACCCCACUAUUUAUUGUUUCCAGAUAAACAGGUUGGUUGUGGUAAGAAAGUUAUGGAGUAAUUUGCUUGAAGACUUCUGACUGUGUUUAGUAGCUGCCAGUUAUCUUAGUUAAUUGUGAUUCAUGUUAAGACAAUUUAGUACCUUGUACAAAUUAUCUAGUAGACUCUGUUGCUUCAAGAAAUUGAUGUACCUGUCUUGUGUUGUUAGACCUCGUAUUCGUGCUAUAUACUAAGUUUGUGUUUGAACAAAUUUCCUGUUGUAAUUUUAAUGUAUCCUGGUACUGAUUAUGUAUGCCCUUUAUCAUAUUCUAGACAAUUUAAUAUGUGGUGUUAUAUUUA